GUAACACUGCUUUCGCAUUUUGUGGUAGAAGUAGAAUGAAACGGCACAACGUACGGCAGCGAGCGUAAAUUUAAACUUUUUUAUUUUGAUGUAACUAUUUCACAAGGAAUUUUCAUCGAGAAGUGAAAAAUUUAUGUAAUAUAAAGUGCUGCAAAUAGACACAUACGUCAAACACUAAGCGCGCCGCGUGAGGGAGCAAAAGUUUGUGCGCGCACAACAAACGACACAAACGUAACGUGAAAAUCGAUUUCAGACUGAAAGCAGCUGUCCACACAAUUCAAUUUGAUGUGCAAGUGCACAAAUUAAGUUUGUGGUGAUCCCCAGCUGGCAAAAUGAGCGGCGGGCAACGUAUGGCGCCGCAGUGGCUGGAACGCUGGAAGGGCACAACACUAUGCCUUGUCAUGCUUUGUGCUUUGCUGAUGAUAAAUGGCUGCAGUGCAGCAGACACGGACAUAACGCUCGAUGCGAAGGCAGCCUAUAAUCAUCGUAUGCAGAGUCUGGACCUGCUCAUAUUCGUAGGCUUGCUCUCGUUAACGGUGCUAACCAUUUGGCUGUUCAAACAUCAUCGCGUCUCUUGGCUGCAUGAGACCGGAUUGGCCGUUAUUUAUGGGCUAAUUGUGGGUGCCAUUCUACGUUAUGCGGGCACCAAUAAGCCGCUCGUUCACAUGCAGGUGAUGCCUCAGGGAGUGCCAACGUACAGCAACAAAUUGCCACCGGACACACUUUGGUUCCAGUAUCCUGUUGUUGCCAAUCAGACGAACAGCACAAAGCUGCCUGAUGGAGUUAAGACAUAUGCGUAUGUGUUUCGCAGCCAGGUCUAUGACAUUGAGGAGAAUGAGAUCGAUUUGAAGGCAACAUUCGAUCCAGAGGUGUUUUUCAAUAUUAUUUUGCCGCCCAUCAUCUUUUAUGCUGGCUACAGCUUAAAGAAGAAAUAUUUCUUUCGAAAUUUGGGUGCCAUUCUGACAUUUGCCAUUGUGGGCACGACGUUAUCGGCGUUCCUAAUCGGUGGUUUGAUGUACGGUUGCGUGAAACUGAUGCCAAAAUACUUGAGCAGCAGUUUCACAUUCCUGGACACACUGUAUUUUGGUGCGUUGAUAUCGCCCACAGAUCCGCUCACCAUACUCGCCAUAUUCAAUGAUCUGCAUGUCGAUGUCAAUCUCUAUGCGCUUGUGUUGGGCGAAUCUGUGCUGAACGAUGCCGUUGCCAUUGUGCUAAGCGGUGCCAUACAGAACUACGGCGAGCAUUAUUCAAAUUCAGGAGAGUUUGAAACUUCGGCGUUUCUGCGUUCGCUCAGCGACUUUUUCUCCAUAUUCUUCUUGUCAACUCUGAUUGGCGCUGUUAUGGGCUGCUUUACAGCAUUGAUAUCCAAGUUUACCCGCGUGCGUGACUUUCCCCUGCUGGAGUCGGCGCUCUUUGUGCUGAUGAGUUAUAGCACCUUCCUGCUGGCCGAAGCUACAGAGCUAACUGGCGUCGUAGCUGUGCUGUUUUGUGGCAUUUGUCAGGCUCAUUACACGUACAACAAUUUGUCGGAGUGCUCGCGACAGCGCACCAAGCAGAUCUUUGAGCUGCUCAACUUUUUGGCCGAGAAUUUUAUAUUCUCGUACAUUGGCGUCUCCAUGUUCACCUUUCCCAAGCAUCACUUUGAUGCAGGGUUCAUCAUCACGGCAUUCAUUUGCGCUGCUUUGGGACGUGCGGUCAAUGUGUAUCCUUUGUCCUGGCUCCUAAACAUCAAGCGCAAGCCGAAAAUCUCAUCCAAUUUCCAGCAUAUGCUAUUCUUCGCUGGAUUACGUGGUGCUAUGUCCUUUGCCUUGGCCAUAAGGAAUACGGUGUCGGAUGCCCGUCAGACAAUGUUAACGGCCACCUCGUUGAUUGUCAUCUUUACGGUCAUCAUUCAGGGUGGCGCAGCGAACUUUUUGCUUAACUGGUUGAAAAUACCCGUUGGCGUCGAUGAUGAGACUGAGCAAUUAAAUAAUUAUCAGGUGCAUAGUGUUUACAAUUCCAUGGACAAUUCACAUUCGGCGCCGUCUGAUGGCUAUUUGCAGGACGUGGAGGGCGGAGGUAGGGGCAAGACACGACUUCCCAGUGGCGCCGAUUCUAAUCUGGAUACGCCCAUGGACGGAACUACAACGAUGGCUGUGAAUGGCGGCACUGGACGUCGACGCAAUAGCCACGAAAAGGCGAUCCUGGCCCGCAUUUGGGGCAAUUUUGAUACCAAAUAUAUGAAGCCCUUGCUAACACACUCGAGGCCAACGCUACUGGAGACAUUGCCAGUUUGCUGCAAUCCUAUUGCUAGGCUACUCACAACCACGCAACAGCUAACCCAGGAUGGCAGCGAGUUUCGUAGAGUUGACUCCGACUCGGACAUUUGCAUUGAUAACGACACUGGCAAUGGUCUGAGCCAGGAUGGAUCCCUCGGCGCUGUAGGCGUUGGAGGCGGCAGCGGGCGUCGCAACUCGAUAAAUCGCAUGGAAAUCCUGGAGCAUGUUCAAAGUCCCGUAUCAACGAGAAUCAAGCUAUUAGGAUUCUAUGGCAAGAAGUUAUAGAAACAAUAGAAAUAAAUAAGUUUUUUUUUUUUUUUGGUUUAUUCAGUUUGUUUGCAUUAAAUCAUAGCUUUCAAAAUUGCCGUACAAUAAUUAGUGUAAAUACGAUAUAUAUUUUCAACUAAUUACACAUUUGAAGUGUGCUUGUGUUUUAAAAUUAUACAAAAUCGGAAGAUUCUACAUUUUGUUCACAUAUGAAAUUGGAUGUAAUAAUAAUAUAAAGAAACGCUAAUCUGCACGGUGAAAUAUACAAAUGUUAAAAUAUUCGGUUUUGAUUCAUGUCAGCAUACUGUCCAAUAAUAUUGUCUAUUUAUUAUAAAAAUGAAAAUGUUCUUAUUACAUAUUUAUAAUUUAUAUUAAAGCAAAGCUCAUAUAGACACUUAUUAAAGAUAUUAAU